CGCCCGGGCCUCAGAGCCGCACGCGCGGCCCUCGGGCUGCCCGGCCGCCGCGGCGCAUGGCGGUGGCCGAGCUGUACACGCAGUACAACAGGGUUUGGAUUCCUGAUCCUGAGGAAGUUUGGAAGUCUGCUGAGAUAGCAAAGGACUACAGAGUUGGUGACAAAGUCCUACGACUCCUGCUGGAGGAUGGCACGGAGCUGGAUUAUUCUGUCGAUCCAGAGUCUCUGCCUCCACUGCGGAAUCCCGACAUCCUCGUGGGUGAGAAUGACCUCAUUGCCCUCAGCUACCUCCACGAGCCCGCGGUGCUCCACAAUCUCCGAAUCCGCUUUGCAGAAUCCAAACUCAUUUACACCUACAGCGGAAUCAUUUUGGUGGCCAUGAAUCCUUACAAGCAGCUGCCGAUCUAUGGAGAUGCCAUCAUCCAUGCCUACAGCGGGCAGAACAUGGGCGACAUGGACCCGCACAUAUUUGCCGUGGCAGAAGAGGCAUACAAGCAGAUGGCCAGAAACAAUAGAAAUCAGUCCAUCAUUGUGAGCGGGGAGUCGGGUGCCGGGAAGACAGUGUCGGCUCGCUACGCCAUGAGGUACUUCGCCACCGUCAGCAAGUCGAGCAGCACCGCUCGCGUGGAGGACAAGGUGCUGGCGUCCAAUCCCAUCACCGAGGCUGUCGGAAAUGCCAAGACCACCCGCAAUGACAACAGCAGUCGCUUUGGGAAAUACACAGAAAUCAGUUUUGAUGAAAGAAAUCAAAUUAUAGGUGCCAACAUGAGGACUUACCUCCUGGAGAAAUCCAGAGUUGUCUUCCAAUCGGAAAAUGAACGAAACUACCACAUCUUCUAUCAGCUUUGUGCAUCUGCACAGCAGUCGGAGUUUAAACAUCUUAAACUGGGGACUGCAGAAGAAUUUAAUUAUACAAGAAUGGGAGGCAAUACUGUCAUUGAGGGUGUGAAUGACCGAGCCGACAUGAUAGAGACUCAGAAGACCUUCACACUACUGGCAGCCAUGCAAAGGGGAAACCUGGUGGGCUGUCACAUUCACACUGUGUCUGCGGAAGUCGAACUAAAAAGGAGAGAGCGUCAGAUUCUCCCGGGAUCCACGUCACGUUCCCUGUCCCAGCACUUGGCACUGAUGGCACCUUCGUGUCUUGAAAGGAUCCGGGUGCCUGUCUUACUGGAGGAUGACAGUCACCUGAAGGUAUUCUGUGAGCUUCUGGGGCUGGAGAGUAGCCAAGUCGCUCAGUGGCUGUGCAAUCGCAAAAUCAUCACGAGCUCUGAGACGGUGGUAAAACCCAUGACCAGGCCCCAGGCUGUCAAUGCCAGGGACGCGCUGGCCAAAAAGAUCUAUGCCCACCUGUUCGACUUCAUUGUGGAGAGAAUUAACCAAGCGUUGCAGUUUUCAGGCAAGCAGCACACUUUUAUUGGUGUUUUGGACAUUUAUGGUUUUGAAACCUUUGAUGUGAACAGCUUUGAACAAUUUUGCAUCAAUUAUGCUAAUGAGAAACUGCAACAACAGUUUAACCUGCAUGUCUUUAAACUUGAACAAGAAGAAUAUAUGAAGGAAGAUAUCCCUUGGACUCUGAUAGAUUUUUAUGAUAAUCAACCGGUUAUUGACCUGAUUGAAGCAAAAAUGGGCAUUUUGGAGUUACUGGAUGAAGAAUGCUUGUUACCUCAUGGAACGGAUGAAAACUGGCUUCAAAAGCUGUAUAACAAUUUUAUCAACAAGAACCCUUUGUUUGAAAAACCUAGAAUGUCAAAUACGUCCUUCAUCAUCCAGCACUUUGCUGAUAAGGUAGAGUAUAAAUGCGAAGGUUUCCUUGAGAAGAACAGAGACACUGUCUAUGACAUGCUGGUUGAGGUCCUGAGAGCAAGCAAGUUUCAUCUCUGUGCCAGCUUUUUUCAAGAAAAUCCAGUUCCUUCUCCUUUCAGUGCAAUGAUCACUGUUAAAUCUGCAAAGCAAGUUAUCAAGCCAAACAGCAAGCAUUUCCGGACCACAGUUGGGAGCAAGUUCCGCAGCUCUCUCUACUUGCUUAUGGAGACCCUCAAUGCAACGACACCCCACUACGUCCGAUGCAUCAAGCCAAAUGAUGAGAAAUUACCCUUCGAGUUUGACUCCAAAAGAAUUGUUCAGCAGCUGCGAGCCUGCGGUGUUUUAGAAACGAUUCGCAUUGGUGCACAGAGCUACCCUUCCAGGUGGACAUACAUCGAGUUCUACAGUCGCUACGGCAUCCUCAUGACCAAGCAGGAACUGUCCCUCAGUGACAAAAAGGAGAUGUGCAAGGUGGUUUUGCACAGGCUCAUUCAGGAUUCUAAUCAGUACCAGUUUGGUAAAACCAAAAUUUUCUUCAGAGCAGGACAAGUGGCUUAUUUAGAGAAGCUCCGGUUGGAUAAACUGAGGCAGAGUUGUAUCAUGAUACAGAAGCACAUCCGUGGCUGGCUCCAGAGGAGAAAAUUCCUCCGAGAGAGACGAGCCGCGGUGACAAUCCAGCAGUACUUCCGGGGCCAGCAGACCGUGAGGAAAGCUAUUACUGCAACAGCCUUAAAGGAGGCGUGGGCAGCCAUAGUCAUCCAGAAGCACUGCCGCGGGUAUCUUGUGCGCAGCCUGUACCGGCUGAUCCGCGUGGCCACCGUCACCAUCCAGGCCUACACCCGUGGACUCCUGGCGAGGAGGGCCUAUCGGAAGAUGCUAGAGGAACACAAGGCUGUGAUCCUUCAGAAAUACGCACGGGCGUGGCUGGCCAGACGCAGAUUUCAGAGUAUCCGACGAUUUGUGCUCAACAUUCAGCUUACUUACAGGGUCCAGCGUCUGCAGAAGAAGCUGGAAGAUCAGAACAAAGAGAACCAUGGGCUGGUAGAGAAGUUGACCAGCCUGGCUGCUCUUCGCGCCGGUGACGUGGAAAAGAUUCAGAAGCUGGAGGCAGAGCUGGAAAGAGCAGCCGCCCACAGGCUGAAUUACGAGGAGAAGGCGAGGCGAUACCGGGGUGCUAUGGAAGAGAAACUGGCAAAGCUUCAGAAGCACAAUUCAGAACUGGAAACACAGAAAGAGCAAGCACAGCUGAAGCUUCAGCGGAAGACUGAAGAGCUGAAAGAAAAAAUGGACAACCUCACCAAGCAGCUCUUUGAUGACGUGCAAAAGGAAGAACGGCAAAGAAUACUUCUUGAAAAAAGUUUUGAACUGAAAACACAAGACUAUGAGAAGCAGAUCCAGACUUUGAAAGAAGAAAUUAAAGCUCUCAAGGAUGAGAAGAUGCAACUCCAGCAUCAGGUGGAGGAGGAGCACAUCACCUCUGCCGGCUUGAAGGGGGAAGUGGCCCGACUGAGCCAGCAGGCCAAGACAAUCUCAGAGUUCGAAAAGGAAAUAGAGCUACUUCAGGCACAGAAGAUAGAUGUGGAAAAACACGUGCAGUCACAAAAACGGGAGAUGAGAGAAAAGAUGUCAGAGAUCACCAGACAACUUCUUGAAAGCUAUGACAUUGAAGAUGUAAGAAGCAGGCUCUCUACAGAAGACUUGGAACAUUUAAAUGAGGACGGAGAACUCUGGUUUGCUUACGAAGGACUAAAGAAAGCAACACGUGUUUUAGAGAGCCAUUUCCAGUCUCAGAAGGAUUGCUAUGAAAAGGAGAUUGAAGCUCUGAACUUCAAAGUGGUGCAUCUAAGUCAAGAAAUCAACCACCUGCAGAAACUAUUUAGAGAAGAGAAUGACAUCAAUGAAAGCAUCCGCCAUGAAGUUGCCAGGCUGACCUCAGAGAACAUGAUGAUCCCAGACUUUAAACAGCAAAUUUCAGAACUGGAGAAGCAGAAGCAAGAUCUGGAAAUCCGCCUAAAUGAACAAACUGAAAAAAUGAAAGGAAAACUGGAAGAAUUGUCUAAUCAGUUAAAUCGCAAUCGAGAAGAGGAAGGAACACAAAGAAAGGCCGUGGAAGCCCAAAAUGAAAUACACACCAGAGAGAAAGAGAAGCUGAUCGAUAAGAUUCAGGAAAUGCAGGAGGCCAGUGAGCACCUGAAGAAACAAUUUGAAACUGAAAGUGAGGUGAACAGCAACUUCCGGCAAGAAGCGUCUCGUCUCACUUUGGAAAACAGGGAUCUUGAAGAAGAGUUAGACAUGAAGGACAGAGUGAUUAAGAAGCUACAAGAUCAAGUCAGGACUCUAACCAAGACAAUUGAAAAAGCCAAUGAUGUGCACGUGUCGCCAGGGCCCAAGGAGUACCUUGGAAUGCUGGAGUACAAGAGAGAAGACGAGGCCAAGCUCAUUCAGAACCUCAUUCUUGACCUGAAGCCCCGCGGUGUGGUGGUGAACAUGAUCCCCGGGCUGCCGGCUCACAUCCUGUUCAUGUGUGUGCGCUACGCAGACUCCCUAAAUGACGCCAACAUGCUGAAGUCCCUCAUGAACAGCACCAUUAAUGGCAUUAAGCAGGUGGUUAAGGAACAUUUAGAAGACUUUGAGAUGCUGUCCUUCUGGCUUUCCAACACGUGCCAUUUCCUCAAUUGCCUGAAGCAGUACAGUGGAGAAGAGGAAUUCAUGAAGCAUAAUAGUCCACAUCAGAAUAAGAACUGCUUGAACAAUUUUGACCUUUCAGAAUACAGACAGAUUCUCAGUGAUGUGGCUAUACGAAUAUAUCAUCAGUUCAUUGUCAUAAUGGAAAAUAAUAUCCAACCAAUAAUAGUGCCAGGCAUGCUGGAGUACGAGAGUCUGCAGGGCAUUUCUGGCCUGAAGCCCACAGGCUUCCGGAAGCGGUCGUCCAGCAUAGACGACACGGACGCCUACACGAUGACCUCCGUGCUGCAGCAGCUGAGCUACUUCUACAGCACCAUGUGCCAGAACGGCCUGGACCCCGAGCUCGUGAGGCAGGCGGUAAAGCAGCUCUUCUUCUUGAUCGGGGCGGUCAUGCUGAACAGCCUCUUCCUGCGCAAGGACAUGUGCUCCUGCCGAAAAGGGAUGCAGAUAAGGUGCAACAUCAGCUACUUAGAAGAAUGGCUUAAAGAUAAGAACUUGCAGAACAGCUUGGCCAAGGAAACUUUGGAACCCCUCUCUCAGGCAGCCUGGUUGCUUCAGGUCAAGAAGACCACAGACAGCGAUGCCCAGGAGAUCUAUGAACGCUGCACCUCGCUGUCUGCCGUGCAGAUCAUCAAGAUCCUGAAUUCAUACACACCUAUAGAUGACUUCGAGAAAAGAGUGACUCCAUCCUUUGUUCGCAAAGUACAGGCUCUCCUAAAUAGCCGGGAGGACUCGUCGCAGCUGAUGCUGGACACCAAGUAUCUCUUUCAAGUCACGUUUCCUUUCACCCCCUCUCCACAUGCCCUGGAAAUGAUCGAGCUCCCCAGCAGCUUCAAGCUGGGCUUUCUCCGCAGACUAUAGCAGCAGAACAAGUCGGGGCACUUUCCCCUCAGAAGCUGAGUGAGGGCCAGAUAUGAGGGAUGUGCUUUAUCAGUUAGAACUGGAAAUGCUUGCAAAUGUGAUUUAAGGAAGAAAAUAGAGCUCUCCCAAAUGGACCACAUCAUCUCUCGUUCAUGGUGACGGAGCCGCUGCUGUAAUUUCCUAAGAAUUCACACACACCAGCUGUGGUUGGAAAGGCUACAUCUCGCUUUGGAAUCGCAGCUGGAUUUUAUUGGGAUACUUGGAAGGCUCGUAUUUCCUUGCAGGUGCCUCGUGGUCUAUUCUAUCUUGUGACCAGGAGAGAGUGAGAUAUGGGGACACAGUGGCCCCCAAGGUUCAUGUGAAGCCCAGGUACACUUAUCAAGCCACAGUGGGUUUCAGGGCUGAGUCUUCCAGGAAAUUAUCCCAUUUGGCCACCGGGGCCUGCUAAAAAGCCCCUUGCCCUAUGCCCACUGUGGGAGUGGGGCACAUUAACUCUUUUGACUGAAAAUGCCCCUGCAUAAAAAAUGUUUAUUUUAGAUCCUUCUAACUUUUAAGAGAAUAUUCAAUCUGAAAUGAAUCAUACGAAGUAUUUUAUAUACAUAUAUAUUUAAUGUAUUACUAAAGCUUAGUUGCCUUGCCAUUUACCUUCUCCUCUGAAAGAACAUUUCCUUAAAAUUUUAUCUGCCAACAUACUUGCCACAAUUUUUCCUGUUUAGUAUCUCUUAUACAAAAACUUUUUUAAAAACUAAGUUUAAAAAGGCAACCUAAAUGAUCUUCUCUAUCGAAUCAGCAUUCCAAUGUAUUUAUUUUUAAAUUUUCUCAUAAAAGUAACUGAAGAAUUAUGUCAGUUCCUCCUUUGGAGAAAUCUGUGUUUCCCAGGUUUUCUGGGAAGUGGCUAUUCCUUGUCCCCCCAAACUGUCUCAUCCCUUCCUUUCAGAGCAUGAAAUGUCACUGGAUGAACAUCCCUAGCCAAGGCCUCUCUGUACCACCCCGAGAAUCCCAACUGCCUUUUCUGUUUCUAACGGUCACUAAAACAAAGACGUGUACCUUAGCAGUGGGAAUAACACAUGAUUAUGAAGCCACAUCAUCUUCCUAAUACAUAAUAUCUUUUCAUGUUAUAUAUGAUUUAGUUUAGCUCAUUUCAAUACAUUGUAUAUGAAAAAAUGAGAAGUAGAACUUUGUAAUACUUGAAUCAAUAAAAUAAAUUACCAAAUGA